CCCGUCCUGACCAGCAUCCUUUUGGGCCUUUGCCGUCGCUCCGCGCGGCGAUGUGGGCUCCCUUCCAACGCGCGUGAAGCGCGGUCGUUGAAGGGCUGAUGGAUGUCUUCCUUCUGAUCUUCAUUCUAGCCAUCCUGGGCCUUUCCAUUGUCACCAAUACACGACUGCUGAUUUACUACCAGCAGCCAGAGGAUGCGGGGCUGAACAGCAUCCUUUGCAAGGUGAUCAUCGUGAGUAGUCUCACCUUGGCCUGGAUGCUGAACUUGCUCCUUCCCAUCGACGUCCGCAACUCCAGGCCGACGACUGGCUUCCUAGACAUGCAAGCUUUGUGGUCCGCAGCCUUCAUCACCUUGGCGGUGUUCAUUGUUCUGGUGGUGCCCACGGCGAUGUUCUACUACGAGGUGGAGGGCGAUGAGUUUGUGAAGAGAAAGCGACGCUAUGUGAUGUGCUCCCUCCUGAUGACCCUGAUUUUCUCGGCUGCAAUCCUGGCAAUCAGUUUCCCCUUCCUCUCACAGGCUGCCAUCCCAGUGGUGUCUUACGUUUGCGAGGAGUGGCAGACCGGAGAAGAGACGGGCCGCGCGAACGUGUGUGGAGAUGGCAAGGCGACGGAGAUUGAGGUGCAGGUGGGUUUUCAGAUCUACGUGGUCUCCGUGCUUUGCUUCCUUGGGUGGUUCUUCCUUUCCAUUUUUGGUGGAAUCGGCUUGAGUGCGGCACCACUGGACAUGAUCCUGUCCUUCGUGGAUCGUCCGCGGCCCAUCACGGAAGCCACCUACCGGCAGAGGAAGCGGAUGGUCGGCUUGGCCGCUGGUGUGCUGCUCCAACGCGCGGAGGAGCUGCAGAACCGCGACGACGCGGGGGCGGAGAACGCCAAAGGCAAAAGGCGCUUCAGCUGGAGCAGCUGGCAAGCUGGACGUGAGCAGCGACAGGUCCGCACGGAUUACAACCGCUUCAAGUGCGACGUCUUAUUGCUGGAGGAGGAGUUCGAGAAACUGCAAGUGUCCAAGUACCAAAAGGGGGAAAGCCUCUUGGUGGCGGUGCUCAAGCUUUGCUGUGGCAUCAUCUUUGCGCUUCUCUCACUGGCUUGGAUCCUGCAGAUCAUCAUUUGUGUGCUCGUGCCGCAGAUCACGGGUGAGGCUGGGCCGCCUUUCUUGAACAGCCUCUUCACCGCCUUCGAGCAGUCCGGGCUCUACCCGUUGGGUGUGGCGCUGUAUGCCUGCUUCAACUUCUACAUGCUGAUUUGUGUGGUCAAAGGGUGCACGAAGUUCGGCAUGCGAGUUGCCUUCUUCAUCAGCAUCCAUCCCAUGCGUGCUCAAAACACGCCCUUAAAUAGCAUCCUCUUCAACGUGGAGAUGUUGCUGAUCUCCACUGCGGCCAUGGUGCAGUUCUCGCAGACCACCUUCAGCGACUAUGCACGGCUCACGGAGGCGGAUGUGAUUUUCUCGGCCCAGAUUCAACGCUUGAGAUUCUACAGGUUCUUCUUUGAGAAUCACAUCUUCAUCAUUACGAUGCUCUCUGUGUUUCUCAUUGCCUUCAUCUUCUUCUUGGUGAGGCCUCGAGACCAGGGCAGCAUCACGUUCAGUGCACCGGACCAGAAGUUGGUCUCCCUGGCGGAUGCCGCCAAGGCGGGCGACAAGUGCUGAGGACCGGGGCGACACGCUUCGUGGCGCAGCGUUUUUCGGCCAGUUCGGGAGGCAGGAAAAGGCAGUCAUACGCAGUCAUAGGGAGGUAGCCAAGUCGGGCCGGAUCACAUUCUGAUGGGUCAUCCAUCUUGUGGGUGUUUGUUUUGCAGGAAAGCCCCUCAUGUUCUGUGGAGGAU